GGUAGCUCGAAUCUGCACUGCAUGGGUGAAAGGUGGGCAAAAUGUCCCAGAAAAACAAGCUUCAUCAUUGUUUGCUCUGCAUCCUCUCUCCUAAUUUUUAUUUGAUCUGAUUAAUGAUUAAUGGAGAACACUGCUGUUCAGCAAUAAUUAAUAGAGCAAGGAGCAGUCCAGAUCAGAUGGACCCAGCAGGAUCCUUUGCAAUGCACUAAUAAAUCCAAAGGAAAAUGAAGCCCACCCUCUCUGUGUGUUUGUUACUGACUGGACUUCAAGCAGUCAGUCAUUGUCAUCGUCAGCCUGAUCACCGCAAUGACUGGGGUGGUCAUAAAGAUGCAUCUACCAGGGAACACAAUUUCCCUGUUGAAGAAGUUUAUCCAUGCGAAAGCAAGGCCUACUUCAAACUGGCCCCCAGCAAUAUUGACUUCGCAUUUAGAUUUUACAAGCAAGUUACAUCAGAGGCAGCUGACAAAAAUAUUUUCUUCUCUCCCAUAAGCAUCUCUACUGCCUUUGCAAUGCUGGCACUUGGGGCUAAAUCAGCUACUCUGAAUCAGAUUCACAAAGGACUCACCUUUGACCUGAACAAGACUCAGGAAAAGGAGAUACAUGAAGGCUUUUGCCAUCUCAUUUGUGCGCUAAACCGUCCAGACAGGGAGAUCCAGCUGAAUAUGGGAAAUGCCCUUUUCCUAAGAGAGACACUGAAACCACUAAAAAAGUUUUUAGAAGAUGUUAAAAACUUUUAUAAAUCAGAAGUUUUUUCUAGUGACUUUAACAAUUCUACCAAUGCUGUGAAACAGAUCAAUAAUUACAUUGAGAAGAAAACCCAUGGGAAAAUUGUUGAUUUAGUCCAGGAUCUUGAUCCACUCACUGUAAUGAUUCUCAUUAACUACGUUUUCUUUAAAGCCGAUUGGGAAAAGCCCUUUAAUUAUUUUUACACAAAAGAAGAGGAUUUUUUUGUGGAUGGGAAAACCUCUGUUAAAGUUAAUAUGAUGUACCGCAAGGGCAGUUACAAACAUCACUAUGAUAAGGAGCUGUCUUGCUGGCUGGUGCAAAUACCUUACAGCGGAAAGGCUGUCGCAUUGUUUAUUCUGCCUGAUGAAGGAAAAAUGAAGGAGGUGGAAAAAGCUCUCAUGAAUAAAACUUUGUCUAAAUGGAAAAAGGCCUUCAAAGAAAGAACAAUAUAUCUGCACAUUCCAAAAUUUUCUAUUUCUGGUACCUAUGACAUAAAAGAGAUAUUCCAGAAAAUGGGUGUGAUCGAUGUGUUCACUGACCAAGCUGAUCUGUCUGGGAUCACUGAAAAGUCUGAACUAAAGGUUUCAAAAGUCAUUCACAAGGCUGUAUUGAAUGUUCAUGAGAACGGCACUGAGGCUGCAGGAGUCACUGUCGUGGAAAUUUCAUGGAGGUCUGGUCAAAUUUCUGCUCCUCCUCGAAUUAAAUUCAACAGGCCCUUCUUGCUGAUGAUUUUUGAUAGGCAUACCCGCAGCAUCCUCUUCUUGGGGAAAAUCAUAAACCCUAGUGGAAAAUAAGUGAUCAGCUGCUGAUCAUGUGUGCAGUGCUUCCACGUAGCGCUGGCAAAAUUCAGGUGAUUCAGCAAAGGACAUGCACAGUGCUAGGGACUGUAUUUAGACCAUUAUUAACGUACAUUCCUAAACCCACAAAACAUGAAUGUAGCAUUUCCUUGCCUAUAAACAGCUGAUAUUUCUUCCUUGCUGUGUACAACUUACAUCAUAACAAAUCACCAAUAAUCUAAAUAAGUCUGAUUUCCUUUCCCAAAUUUUGUAAGUAGUCCUUACUGAAAGGCUCCUGUGCGGUCUUUAAGAUACACAGGGCUUGGCUAGAAAAACAAUUAGCCCACCACGAGCUGGGGUGUGAAUCUACCCUGCACUAGCCUGCUGUGGACUUACUGUCAGUGUGCACCCUGCUGACAUGCGUUAACAGUUUGUUAAUGUGCUUUGAGCUCGUUCCAAAGGGAGCUAGAUCAGAAUGCUCUAAUGAAGUGUUGACACACAUGAGCAGGGUGUACGUGGACAGUUAGACCACAGCAAGGUAGGGCAGGAUAGAUUAGCAACCCCAGUUUGCCAUGGUCUAAUUGUUCGUGUAGACAAGACUAAAGUCUCUCAGAUGAGUUGAUCUUUCCUGUACUCCUUAAUGUUUUGGGGAAGGGGGACUAGUCUGUUUUAUCAACGUGAUUAACUGACUGGUGAUGAUUGUUCCCAGCAUCCUGUUCUUUGAUACUGCAAGGAAUUCCUGGUCUGGUCUCUUCUACUGUGGGUCCAGGUGCUGGUCUGAAGUUGCAGAUUCAGCUACUGGGUUAAUUUUCUUUUGGGGUUUGUCUACACAGGGAAAAAGCCUGCAGUAGCUGGCGUACACUAGGUAAUGCACACUAGGCACUCUGCACUAAUUCCCUGUGUAUAGACUCUUACUGUGGACCAAGAUCAGGUCUACACUACAGACCUAUGUCAUUUGUAACUACAUCGCUCAGGGGUGUGAAAAAUCCACGCCCCUGAGCGACGCAGUUAUACUGACCUAACUCCCUAUGUAGAUAGCUCUAUGUUGGUGAAAGAGCUUCUCCUGUUGACAUAGCAACCGCCUCUCUGGGAGGUGGAUUAGCUACGCCAACAGGAGAGCUCUGUCCUGUCAGCCUAGGAGCUUUUUCACUUAAGCGCUGCAGCAGCUCAGCUGCAUUGAUACAGCAUUUUAAGUGUAGACCUGCCCUAAGCGUUCCUUUGUGGGCAUUAGCUUAAUGCCCUUUGGAAGGGUUCUAAGCUAAACUGCCUGAGGGCACUCAGUGCACUGGAGGAGUGUCAUUGCACAGAGAGUUAGAGGGGAGAAGACCGUGCACUUUAAAUUUACACCCUAGCUUACUGUGCACUAACUUCCUCAUAUAGCCAAGCCCCUGGUCUGCACAAGAAAGGGUUUGUCGGUAUAGUAGCUAUUACCGGCAUUUCCGCAUAUGCAAACCUCCACUCACAGUGGAGACAGCGUAUACAGGCAAAAGAGGUGGGUUUUUUUGGCCAGAAUAGCUUAUGCUACUUCCCCAAAUGAAAUAAGCUGUAGCAGCAAAAAAUUCCUGGUAUAACUGUGUCCACACAAGGGCUUUUUGCUGGUAUGUUAUUAAAUCUUAUAAAAAUUCACACCCUUAAAGGAUAUUAUUAUACCGCCAAAAAUUUCCACUGUUGACCUGCCUUAUUCUCUCCAACAGUUCUCGUUUUGCCUACCAACAGUUCACCUCUAUUGUCACAUAUUCUAGCUAUCUUGUUAGACUUUCCUCUAAAACAGAGGAAGGUGGAGACAAAUUAUAACUCCACAACACCUGUUCUUGUGCAGCACACUGGGGCCAUGGAAGUUUCUUAGGGACUUCUAAACUACUUUUAAACUCACAGAAGUAACACAGACUCACAUACAAAAUGCAGAUACUAUCUGAGGAACUGCCUUUCCAAACGUUAACUGCAUUAUUGCGACUGUUACUGACUAAAGAAACAUUGGGACCUGAAAUUUUGAGUCUGGAACCUGCCUGAGUCUAAUUUUUUUGCUUUUGUGUUGUAUCAUUUUUCAGUAACUUUUAAUCAAUUAAUGCCAUUUUAAGAUAUUAGCAACAUUAAAAUUUUCU